AUGGUAUUUCUCCGAAUAUCACCAAUGAAAGGCAUUAAACGCUUUGGUAAGAAAGGAAAUCUUUGCCCGAGGUUCAUUGGACCUUUUAAAAUCCUCGAGAGGAUAUGCCAAGUAGCGUACAGGUUGGCUAUGUCCCCAGCACUGGCAGCUGUACAUGAUAUGUUCUAUGUUUCAAUGCUUCAGAAGUAUGUCUCAGAUUCAUCCCAUAUCCUGAGCUAUGAAGCAUUGGAACUACAGCCAAAUUUGUCUUAUGAGGAAAAACCGGUGCAAGUACUUGAUAGAAGGGAGAAAGUCCUGAGAAACAAGACAAUUGCAGUGGUAAAACUAUUAUGGAGGAACAGUAAAGUGGAAGAGGCAACCUGGGAACUCGAGACAGAUAUGCAACAGAAAUAUCGGUAG